CACUCAUUCGUCAUCAAUCGUUUCUAUUCGAUCUUAUUUUUAUUUCUAGAUAUAAUAUUUUCUAUCAAUAUGUAUUUAUUUUUAUGAACGUAUUUUAUCAAUCUGUUGAAAUCAACUAAAUAAGUUUCUUAUUUCUUUCGACCAUCAAUUUAUUAGCAAUAUUAAUUUUUAUAUUUAUAUAAUUUCAGUUUUAAUAGUCUGAUAGUUACAUGAUACUUUCGUAUCUAUAAUAUAACAAGUACACGGUUUUAAAAUUCAAAUGUUUUUAUACAAUCGUUAAUAGGAAAAUCUUUGUUCAUUUUAUACUAUUGUUGUAAAAUGAUCGAAAUAUUUAAUAUUUAAAAUAUUUUCUUUAUAACAUUAUUACUACAAUUAAUAUUAUCUAUAAUAUUUUAUAUAAAAUAGUUAAUUUUACAUUAAUGUAAUGGCCAUAAGUGCGUCUUUUUAUCGUAAUGUACUCUUAUUAACUCAAGUAAUUCAACCUAAUAAUGAGUUCAAAAAAUAUUUUCGUGAGGGUAUGUUUGACAAACCUAAUACAGCAGGUUUCCUACAUAUUUCAUAUUAUUUAUUAACAGUAUAUGAUUCAGAACGUUUUAAAAAACUGAUUGAAUGGCCUGUAAUUUGCAAGAAAACUGAAGCAAAGUAUCGUAAUAAUGUUAAGGAUUAUUUAACAAUAAUAUCUGCAGAAAAUCCUGAUAUUGAUUUUCCACCUAUACUCACCUCUCACUUAAUUCAUGCAGGUGGAACUAAAUUUACAAUUAUUAUGUGGAAAUUAUCAGAAGUAGUUAUAAGAAGAUACCUUAUAAGGGAAACUAGUAAUAAUAUUGCAUUUGCACCACGAAUAGGAAAUAAAGGAAAUCUAGCAAAAAAAUUUUUAGAAGAAACCAAUGCUAAGAUUAAUUUUAAUAUAUUGAAUCAACAUAAAAAUUUAUUAGAAAUGGAGAAUACAAUUAAAUAUGUUUUGCAAAAAGAAAAUGAAAGACUAAAUAAAAGUAGAACAGAAAUUUUUGAAAAAGAACAAUUAAUAGCAAAUCUUCCACAAACAGCACCAGUACAUCCUUCAAUUAAAAAAUGUUUAAGAGAUAUAGAUAAUGAAGAAGCAACAAAAAAAUGGAAAAUGCAUAUAAAUAAAUGCAUAAAUCAUAUACAAAAGAGAAAUAUAAUUUUGAAAGAUAUUGAACAGCUUAGUCAUAAAGUUAAUAAUAUAAUAUUAAGUAAUACUAGCGAUAUUAAAAUGUUAAAUACAAAACAAAAAAUAAAUCAUUUGGAAAUUUCAGAAUUAUUUUCUCCAGAUAUGCAAUGUGUUUUAUUUCGAUUAUAUAAAGAUGAUAAAUUAAUAUUAAAUAAUUUUAUAUUAUUAUUUCAUUUUCUUCUAACUCAACUAAAAAAACAAUUAAAAUUGAAUAUAUUAGAGGAUUUUUCAGAAUAUUCAUUACAAAUAGAAGAUAGUUGUAAAGAUAUAAAAGCUGCAUUCAAUAUAAUGCAAACACAUUUAAUAGAUAUCACAAAAAUAAUGUUAGAAACACAAGAUAUUUUAUAUCAAAAAAAAAUAUAUGUUCAUAAUGAUACUAUAUUACCUAUGAUGCAUAAUGUACUUAUUAUGUCAUCUCCUCUUAUUAAAAUUAAUACAAACUGUAAUGAUGAAGAAAAUAAUUUUCAAAAAAGAUUACAAUUAACUCCAGUAGAAGCUCCACAUAAAUCAUUAUUUUCAAGAUAUGAACAUCUAAAACAAAGUCAUGUAUCACAUGGAUCAAAAUUAAGAGAAAAUUUAUUAGUAUCACGAAUCAAUUUUGAUGAUGUAAUUGUAAAUAUAAAUAAUGAUAAUAAUGAUAAGCCAUCUUUACAUAUGCAUAUGGUAUCAUCUAAAAAAAAUUUGUCAUCUUUCAAACAAGCAGAAAAAUAUUCAAGAUUAUUUUCUACUCGUAUAAAACGAAAUACAAUAGCAGUAGCAAAUGCAAGUAUAAUGUCUUUAUCUUGUUCUUCAAAAGCAAAUUCGACUACAAUUGCAAAUGCAAUUGAAGAAGUACAUGAUAUAUCAGAUCUUAGUUUAAAUAAAACAGAAGUUAUUUCAACAAAAAGUAUCUGUAAUAUAAAGGUAGAAUUUGCUACUCCAGAAAAAUUGACUGUUGAACAAGAAAAAUCAGAAGAUAUACUAAAAAUGGAAGAUAUGAUAAAUGAUUUCUCAAAUAAAGCUGAUGCACAUAAUAUAUACAAAACAAUAGAAAUUAAAAGUGAUGAUAAUAAUAUCAUUGUAACUGACCAAACUAAACAAAAUAGACGUUCUAUUGGGGAUCUAGUUGAACGUUAUAAAAAAUUACUGAAAGUAAGCAAUCGUAUACCAAGUCCUAAUAUUAAUAAUACAAAAUGUGAUAAUAAAUAGUUGUAAAAAUUAAAAACUAUUGUAGAAUUAUAUUGUAGAAUUGUCUAUUUACCAAUAUGUAUGUAAAGAAAUACAUUUUUAUAGUUUAUUUAAAACAAAAUUUAA